UAUAUCUAUAGUAAUAAUACAGGAACAUGACUGUGGAGGUGAGGGGUGACAUCACUUAUAUCUAUAGUAAUAAUACAGGGACAUGACUGGGGAGGUGAUGGGAUCUGGGAGUGUCACUAUGACAUCACUUAUAUCUAUAGUUAUAAUACAGAGAUAUCACUGGGGAGGUGAGGGGAUCUGUGAGCAUCACAGUGACAUCACUUAUAUCUCUAGUAAUAAUACAGGGACGUGACUGGGGAAGUGAGGGGAUCUGGGAGUAUUUGCAGCGAUAUUGAUGUCUCCCCAUUUUGCAGGGUUACACAGUUGUGAAGAAGAUAUCUGGUGAGUGUGAGACACCCAGCAGCCAUCCUCGUGUGUCAGGCGGACUAAGCAGGACCCACAGCCCCAUCACAGUGCCUCCACCUCACUCACUUAUACAUGAGAGACACAGUGACCAGAAGAUCCUGGAACUCACCAACAAGAUCAUUCAGCUGCUGACUGGAGAGAAGGGGGAGUAUAUAGAGGAACACAGGGGUCUGUACAAGGACGUGAUGAUGGAGAAUCACCGGCCCCUCACAUCACUGGAUGUGCCCAGUAACAGAGAUACCCCAGAGAGAUGUCCCCGUCCUCUGUAUUCCCAGGAUUGUACAGAGGAGAAUCACAGGAUCCCACAGGAGGGUCAGGUAGAACGUCUGUCUGAUAUUAAGGCAGAAGAUAUAGAUGAAGAAGAAGAGAUGUAUGUGACGGAUAUAAAGGCAGAAGAUAUAGAGGAAGAAGAAGAGACGUAUGUGACUGAAAUAAAGGCAGAAGAUAUAGAGGGAGAAGAAGAGAUGUAUGUGACUGAUAUAAAGGCAGAAGAUAUAGAGGAAGAAGAAGAGACGUAUGUGACUGAAAUAAAGACAGAAGAUAUAGAGGGAGAAGAAGCGACGUAUGUGACUGAUAUAAAGGCAGAAGAUACAGCGGGAGAAGAAGAGACGUAUGUGACUGAUAUGAAGGCAGAAGAUAUAGAUGGAGAAGAAGAGACGUACGUGACUGAUAUAAAGGCAGAAGAUACAGAGGGAGAAGAAGAGACGUAUGUGACUGAUAUGAAGGCAGAAGAUACAGAGGGAGAAGAAGAGACGUAUGUGACUGAUAUAAAGGCAGAAGAUAUAGAGGGAGAAGAAGAGACGUAUGUGACUGAUAUAAAGGCAGAAGAUAUAGCGGGAGAAGAAGACACGUAUGUGUCUGAUAUAAAGGCAGAAGAUAUAGAGGGAGAAGAAGAGACGUAUGUGACUGAUAUAAAGGCAGAAGAUAUAGCGGGAGAAGAAGACACGUAUGUGUCUGAUAUAAAGGCAGAAGAUAUAGAUGGAGAAGAAGAGACGUAUGUGACUGAUAUGAAGGCAGAAGAUAUAGCGGGAGAAGAAGAGACGUAUGUGACUGAUAUGAAGGGAGAAGAAGAGACGUAUGUGAGGGGUGAUCAGCAGUGUAAGGAGGAGGAGAUGCCUACAGAUAUCAGCACAGCAGAUGGACACACAAGCAGGAAUAUCUCAGAAGGACAUCUAAUGUUAUCCCCGGAUUGUGACAUAAAAGAUAAUGACAGUAGACAGGAUUCUCCAGGAGAUAACCCCAUUACCCCAAUUAUACAUCCAGCUCUAUCAGCUGAUCCCCCUGAUCCUGGGAAAUGUUCUCCUGAUCACUCUGAUAUUGGUGCAUCUGUUACAGCUCUGACAGUAGAUACAGUGUUUCAGUGUUCUGUAGAUGCCAAAUGUUUUACGAAGAACACAAAGCCUAAUAACCCACACACAGGUAAGGCAGGUGAGAGGCCACUGAUAUGUUCUGAGUGUGGGAAAUGUUUUACAUACAAAUCACAACUUGUUAUACAUCAGAGAAGUCACACAGGUGAGAAGCCAUUUUCUUGCUCUGAGUGUGGGAAAUCUUAUUUAACUAAAUCACAUCUUGUUAUACAUAACAGAAGUCACACAGGUGAGAAACCAUUUUCUUGCUCUGAGUGUGGGAAAUGUUUUGCACACAAAUCGCAACUUGCUACCCAUCAGCAAAGUCACACAGGUGAGAAGGCAUUUCCAUGUUCUGAGUGCGGGAAAUGUUUUGCACACAAAUCAGUUCUUGUUAAACAUCAGAGAAGUCACACAGGUGAGAAGCCAUUUUCUUGCUCUGAGUGUGGGAAAUGUUUUACACAGAAAUCACAUCUUGUUAUACAUCAGAGAAGUCACACAGGUGAGAAGCCAUUUCCAUGUUCUGAGUGUGGGAAAUGUUUUGCACUUAAAUCAUAUCUUGUUAAACAUCAUAGAAGUCACACAAGUGAGAAGCCAUUUUCUUGCUCUGAGUGCGGGAAAAGUUUUACCUGGAAAUCCAAACUUGUUAUACAUCAGAGAAGUCACACAGGUGAGAAGCCAUUUCCAUGUUCUGAGUGUGGGAAAUGUUGUGUAAGUAAAUCACAACUUGUUAGACAUCUGCGCAGUCACACAGGUGAGAAACCUUUUCCAUGUUCUGAGUGUGGGAAAUGUUUUGCAUGUAAAUCAGAUCUUGUUAUACAUCAGAGAUGGCACACAGGUGAGAAGCCAUUUCCAUGUUCUGAGUGUGGUAAAUGUUUUGCACUUAAAUCAGUUCUUGUUAAACAUCAGCGAAGUCACACAGGUGAGAAGCCAUUUUCUUGCGCUGAGUGCGGGAAAUGUUUUACACAAGAAUCAAAUCUUCUUAGACAUCAGCAAAGUCACACAGGUGAGAGGCCAUUUCCAUGUUCUGAGUGUGGGAAAUGUUUUACACAAAAUUCACAACUUGUUACACAUCAGCAAAGUCACACAGGUGAGAAGCCAUUUCCAUGUUCUGAGUGUGGGAAAUGUUUUGUAUCGAAAUCACAUCUUGUUAUACAUAACAGAAGUCACACAGGUGAGAAGCCAUUUUCUUGCUCUGAGUGUGGGAAAUGUUUUACAUGGAAAUCACAACUUGUUACACAUCAGAAAAGUCACACAGGUGAGAAGGCAUUUCCAUGUUCUGAGUGUGGGAAAUGUUUUACACACAAAUCAGAUCUUGUUAUACAUCACAGAAGUCACACAGGUGAAAAGCUGUUCUCUUGCUCUGAGUGCGGGAAAUGUUUUCCACGGAAAUCACAUCUUGUUAGACAUCGCAGAAGUCACACAGGUGAGAAGCCAUUUUCUUGCUCUGAGUGCGGGAAAUGUUUUUCACGGAAAUCACAUCUUGUUAGACAUCAGAAAAGCCACACAGGUGAGAAGCCAUUUCCGUGUUCUGAGUGUGGGAAAUAUUUUUCACGGAAAUCACAUCUUGUUAGACAUCACAGAAGUCACACAGGUGAGAAACCAUUUUCUUGCUGUGAGUGUGGGAAAUGUUUUACACGGAAAUCAGACCUUGUUAUACAUCACAGAAGUCACACAGGCGAGAAGCCAUUUCCAUGUUCUGAGUGUGGGAAAUGUUUUGCACAGAAAUUAGAUCUUGUUAUACAUCACAGAAGUCACACAGGUGAGAAGCCAUUUCCAUGUUCUGAGUGUGGGAAAUGUUUUACACACAAAUCAGAUCUUGAUGUACAUCACAGAAGUCACACAGGUGAGAAGCCAUUUCCAUGUUCUGAGUGUGGGAAAUGUUUUGCACAGAAAUCAGAUCUUGUUAUACAUCACAGAAGUCACACAGGUGAGAAGCCAUUUUCUUGCUCUGAGUGUGGGAAAUGUUUUACAAAGAAAUCAUAUCUUCUUACACAUCAGAGAAGUCACACAGGUGAGAAGCCAUUUUCUUGCUGUGAGUGUGGGAAAUGUUUUACACGGAAAUCCCAACUUGUUACACAUCAGCAAAGUCACACAGGUGAGAAGCCAUUUCCAUGUUCUGAGUGUGGGAAAUGUUUUGCACAGAAAUCAGAUCUUGUUAUACAUCACAGAAGUCACACAGGUGAGAAGCCAUUUUCUUGCUCUGAGUGCGGGAAAUGUUUUACAAAUAAAUCACAUCUUGUUAGACAUCAGCGAACUCACACAGGUGAGAGGCCAUUUCUAUACUCUGAGAAAUAAAUCAGCUCUUGCACACAAUAAACAUCACUCAGGUGAGGAACCAUUUUAAUCUUCUGGAGUAUUCUCAUCAUUGCCAUGCGUUGUUCUUCAAGGUUCUUAUCCUAUCUCCUAUGCUUUUUGCAAUAUACAUGUUACCACUGGGUGAAAUAAUCAGAUGGCAUGCCAUCCUCUACCACUGCUACGCCGAUGACCUGUCUUUUGCUCCAGGUACUGAGAACCCAGUAACAAUCCUAAAUGGUUGUCUAGCUGAGCUCCAAGUGUGGAUA